AUGGCAACGAGUAAUGAGAAAUCGGCAUAUAGUAUUCCGGCUACGAAAAGACCCGAUGGCACUUGGAGGAAAGAGCGAAAGGUCAAAGAAGGUUAUGUGCCACAGGAUGAAAUGGCCACCUAUGAAAGUAUUGGUAAAAAGAUAGUUAAGAAUCAGAGCUCAUCCAUGCCUCCAGGCCUAGUUGUAGACACAACGGAAUCUUCCAAAGCCAAGAGUAAAGCUCAAAAGAAAAAUGAACAACGAAAAUUAAAGAAACAGUUGAAAAAUCAGCCUUCCCCUGCAAGCCAUGAUAAUGUCCAAAAUGCCGCCGACAAGUUAGAAAAAUGCACUAUCGGAAAUCAACCUACUAGCACCGACGAAUGGAAUAAACCUACGCCUGAUCAUAGUCAACUAUCGGAUAGUAGGAAGAGAAAUAUUCAAAAAAAAUUACGCCAAAUUAGGGAAUUACAGGAAAAGCUUGACAGUGGUGAAAUCAAAGAGCUCAACGCGGAACAAGCUGCUAAAGUAAGCAAGAAAGCGCAAUUACAGAAGGAAUUAGCGGGCUUAUAG